CAAAACCACCGCUGGCAAAUUAAAUACGCAAAAGAAAUGCAUGUGCGUUGAUUUGGCGUCCACAUUCACCACUCUCUCUCUCGCCUUCCAAAAUUCACCGAUUAUCCGUUUCCCCCCACAGAUUUCCUGUGCACAGCUGACUUGUCCAUUACGGAACACUUUUCUUUAUAUCUAUCAUCACCUCUGCCUGCCCCAGUUGCCUUCUUCGUCUUCAACCCUUCAGCUUUGCAGCUAAAGCCCGUCUCGUUCUAUAAUUGAUUUUUUUUUUUCUUUUUGGCCGUCAUCGAGGGGUUUGUAGUUUGCGUUUCUCUAUUUUUUGGAGUUUUUUUUUGGCAGUUUUUUGGGGGAAUAUAUGAUAAUAGAUGUGUGGUAUGAUUAGGUUUUGGGUAUUUGCUGUUUGUGGAUUGGGAACGAUGUUUUGAGAAGGGAUUGGAGCUGGUUGGGUUGCUGACUUGGGGUUUUUGUGCCGUCAGUGGGAUCAAAUGGUUCAAUUGUUUUAUAGAUUCACAGAAUUUAGAAACUUCGAAUUCGAUUGAAGCGGACUCCGGUUCGAUUAGGGUUCGAGCUUGUAUUUCUCUUUUGGGUACACGUUCUUUUGUUCCUUGUUAUAUGUGUAUUUGCGGAAUAAAUAUGAAGAAUUCUCAAUACGGAUUGUUGUAGCGAAUAUUUGUUGGAUUUUUUUGGUUAGCGUUUUCAAAAUUUUCAUUUUAUAUACAGAUUUAAUUUAAUUAUUUUGGAUGAAAAUAAUGGAAUUUUGAAAAAGAAAAAUUGUGAGUGGAAUAGUAGGGUAUUGGUGUUAGUGGUUGGUGGUGAAAUGAACUGCUGGGUUUAUACGUCGGCGUCCACUGAGUUGUGGGCGAGGCAGUCAGGCGGAGAUGGCGGUAUGAGCCACGAGAGUGAGCAUGAUUUGGCAAUGAUGGUUAGUGAUUUUCUGGAGAAUGGGAAUAGUGGUGGGAAUGACUCAAGAUACAGCAGCGACAGCGAUUCUGGCCUCUCUGAUCUUGUUCAGCUCGCCGACAAAAUUUCUUAUUUCAAGUUGGUCAUGGAUCAAUAUGAAAGCGACUUGUUAUCAGUGGUCAAAUCUCUUGCACUUUCAAUUAGUGAAAGAGACCUUCGUGCUGCAAAUUCAGGUCUGUGCAAUGCGAGCUGCAUCAGGUUCUCCCUAGUAAAGCUUCUAAGGCUGUCUGGUUAUGAUGCUGGUGUGUGCACGUCCAGGUGGCAAGGGAGCGGCAAGGUCCCUGGAGGUGAUCAUGAAUACAUUGAUAUAGUCCACUAUAAUGAUACGGGAAGCACUGAACGGGUGAUUGUCGAUGUUGACUUUAGAAGCCACUUUGAGAUUGCAAGAGCUGUCGAAUCCUAUGAUAGGAUAUUGAAUUCCCUUCCGGUUAUUUAUGUGGGCUCAUUUACGAAGCUUAAUCAAUUUCUUCAAGUGAUGGUUGAAGCUGUUAAAUCUUCUCUGAAACAGAACUCAAUGCCUCUCCCUCCAUGGAGAUCAUUUGCUUAUUUGCAAGCUAAGUGGCAGUCUCCAUAUCAAAGGAAAUUUGAUCCUGAUGAACCCAGCUAUAACACCACUUUUUCCGUUGAACACAAGAAGUGCGCUGGACAUCUUAAACGUCUGCAUUCUUCACUUCUCUCUGAGAUUGAAGUAGAGCGCACGCUAAAGCCCUUUAACCGUGAUAGGAGGGUGAAAAUUGAGAGGCAAAGGCAAAUGACUUUCAAAUAGGGGGGUGAAACUUGGCAGAAGCAGCAGGCCAAAUGCUUUCGUAAAUGGCAGCUCGCCUGUUAAUGGGACUGAUUUUCAAUGAGUUGGUGACAUUUUACAAGUAAAUUCUUACAAGAAUAUAGUUCAUAUUCUUGAAACCUAUAGAAUCUCGCACCAUUUUGUGCUUCUACAUUUCCUUCAUAAUUUUUUCCAACUUUCAAUUUUGUGAAGCAGAUGUAUAAUUUUUACGGGGAUUUGGGGUGUUCUUAUGCAAAUAUUCUUCUGCUCAUCCAGUUUCAAAGUUUUGGUGGGCUUUGGAUUAGUGUUGGUUCUUUGUCUACUUGUCAAGUUGCUCAUAUGUACAUUGAGAGGAAAGAGUAUGUAAGGCUAUUUUAUCUGGUUAUUAAUCUUCAAGUGUUAAGCACACGAGUUUUUUU